AUGAAUAAUUUUUCAUUAUCAUUACUUAGAAAUAAUGAUCUAACUACUAAAACUACUUAUAUGAAUAUCAGUAGUCCUCAUCAAUAUGAUAAUUAUACUUAUUCAUGUACUGAUCAUUAUCAAUGGUUAGAAUUAUUUCAUCAAUAUUAUCAACGUAUACAUGUUUAUUUAUGUUUAAUAUUAUGUCCAAUUGGUGUUAUAGCUAAUACAUUAAAUGUAAUUGUAUUAUGUCAAACACGUUUACGUAAUCCAACGAAUUUAUUAUUAACCGUAUUAGCUGUUAGUGAUGGUUUUGUGAUGUUUAUUUAUAUUAUAUUUGAUUAUUUUUAUUUAAUGACACCAAGAUUAAUCAUUGGUAUGUCUAAAUCAUAUGCUCAAUUAUUAUUAAUUAAUAUUGUAUUACAAAAUUUAUUUCAUACAUUCUCUGCAUGGAUUAUAGUUGCUGUAGCUAUAUUUCGUUUAAUUUAUAUUAAAACUGGUGUUCGAGCUGCUAUUUAUUGUAAUAUGUUUAAAGCAUGGAUUGUUAUUAUAAUAGUAUUAAUUAGUUCUAUAUUAUUAACUAUACCAUUUAUGAUUGCACAUCAAGUACGUAUUAAAACAAAUGAUCAUUUAUUAUUGAUGAAUUAUCAAAAUAUAAUCAAUAAUCAAUCAGAUACAAUCAGAUUCAAUCAUUCUAAUUAUAAUAAUAAUACUAAUAAUAUAAUCAAUAAUCAAUCAGAUACAAUGAUAUUAUAUGAAGUUGAUUAUACAACUAAUAUAAAUUUAAGAAUAAUAUUAUUUUGGAAUUCAGCUAUACUUGUUAAAGCAUUACCAAUAUUAAUUAUGACAACAGUAAGUACAGCAUUAAUAUUAUCCAUAAGAGAAUCAGAGAAACGUUAUCGUAUAUUAAGAAGAUAUCAUCAUUGUAAAAAUUUUCAAAUGACAAUAGAAACUACACGGGUUGAAAGUUUUAUUCAUAAUAAUAAUAAUAAUGAUAAUGAUAAUAAUAAUGAGGAUAAUGAUAAAUCAAUGACAGUACAACGUUCAAAACACAAAUCCAGUUCACAUCCUGAAACGUAUUCUGGUGGACGUAGUGCAAAUCAAACUACAUAUAUGUUACUUACUAUUAUUUUGUUAUAUAUAUUUACAUAUUUACCACAAGAAUGCGCCUCUUGCUUUGCCAAUCCUGGCCUUUACGUCUGCAUCUGAACCUCCUUAUUCAUUGAUUAUGCUUCCCAUGUAUGUGAAGGGUUCUACAUCUUCCAGAGUUUCGCCAUCAAGAGUGAUUGGAUUGCUGUCCAAAUCAAUUUGAAAAAAGAAUAAAAACUUUAAAAAAAAUAAACAAGUUUUUUUAAAUUUUUGGUUGUCGUUGCUGAAUAGAAUUGAUAAUCAAUCAAUAUUUCAAUCAAUCAAUCAAUCAAUAAUCUUUUUUUUUUAUAGUUUAGUUUUAUAAAAGAAAAAAUACGAAGACAAGCAAAAAAAGAAGAAAAACUUCAUUGAAAUUUGUGAAAAUAAAAUUUCAUGGAACCGGUUUAUUUUAUGGUUUAAUUUAUUUUUUUUGUUAAUGUUAUACUUACUUACUUAGUUACUUACGCCUGUUACUCCCGAUCGAGCAUAGGCCGCCGAACAGCAUUCUUCAACCCACUCUGUCCUGGGCCUUCUUUUCUAACUCCAUUUAAUUUUUGUUCAUUCUUCUCAUAUCUAUCUCCAUUUAUCGGCAUAAUGUUUUUUCUUGGUUUUCCUCUUUUCCUUUGGCCUUGAGGAUUCCAUGUGAUGGAUUAACUUGUGAUGCAUUUGGGUGCUUUCCUCUAUGUGUGUCUUAUCCACUUACAGCUCUCUUUCUUAAUGUCUUCCUCCACUGAGAUCUGGUUUGUUCUUUCCCACAGUAGGUUGUUGCUGAUAGUGACCGGUCAACGGAUCCGAAGAACUUUGUGUAGACAACUGUUAACAAACACUUGUAUCUUCUGGAUGAUGGCUUUAGUAGUUCUCCAAUUUCCACCCCAUACAGUAGAACUGUUUUGACAUUUGUAUUGAAAAUCCUGACCUUGGUGUUGGUUGACAGUUGUUUUGAUUUCCAGAUGUUCUUCAAUUGUAAAUAUACUGCUCUUGCUUUGCUGAUCCGCGCCUUCACAUCUGCAUCAGAUCCACCAUGUUAUUCAAUGAUGCUGCUCAAAUAUGUAAAUGUUUUUACAUCUUCCAAAUCUUCUCCGUGAAUUAUGAUUCGAUUGUUGCACGCUGUGUUGUAUGUGGAUAUAUGUGGAUGUUAUAGUGAUUAUUAUUAGUUAAGAUAGCCGUUGGAUAGCCAUUUCAUUCUAUUGUGGAACUUUUCAACAGUGUAUAUACACGAUCUUGUCUGGCAAAAUUUGAACCAAAGAUCUAUCGGUCUCGCCUGUAAGCACUUAACCUCUAGACUAUUGGGUUGGCUGGCAUCCAAUGGUGUUAAUGUCUAACUUCAAUUAGUCCACGAAAUUGAGUCACACAUUCACCAUUGUUAUCAGUGGGGUAGUAUUUUACAACAGAUUUGGUUAAACCCACUGAUCACUGAUUCUCACCAGAACUCCAGGAUUUACCUCGUGAAACCAGUUACUAAUAAGCAUAUAUUCAUUAGUAGCAGAAAGGUUUCUUUGUGUGGAUAUUAAAGUAAUUUUAAUAGUUGAGAUCUUGAGUCAAUUGACGUUUGAUCACCAUGGAAAGUUUAUAGGCAUUGAACGGCCAUUUCGUCCUAUUGUGGGAUUCCCCAGCAGUGGACGUCCACGAUCCUGCCUCAUUGUCAAGUUCUACCAGCUUUUCCUUAGUGGUCUAGCUUCAAUUGGUUCAUGAUCUCAACUAUUAAAAAAAUUGUUCAGUUAUUAAAUUUACUUAAUAUUCUUUAUUUGCAUAGUGUGUGGACCGUCUUGAUAUUAUCCUAAAUCACUAGUAUUAUAAACAAAGAUGAAUGGUGGCCAGAAAUGGAAUCCAGUACGUGCGUUUCGUUUUAUUUCAGACUUGUUAGCUGGAUGUACCUGUAUACCAGAGAUGACGUUCACUCUGGGACUCGAACCCAAUAAUGUUCACUUCAGACACCAUCGUGUUAUCCACUUAGUUACUAAGUCUUGAUAGUCACGUACUUGUACAAUGCGGUUAAGUUUAAACUCAGUCAGUAAAGACUAUGGUAUCCGUGUGGAUCAACUUCUUGGAUUGAUUGAAGUUCGAUAAUAACACCGUUGGAUGCAGGCUCAGUGGUCUAAACUUUAAACCUUUGUGUGAGCGAUCAAUAGGUCCUGGAUUUGAAUCGUAAAGAGUGGGAUCGUGAGCGAGCACUGUUGAAGAGUCCCAUGCUAGAGCGAAACGAUCGUCCAGUACAUUCAGGUUUUCGAUGGUGGUCUAGCGUUAUUUCGUAUGGUUUACUUAAAUCUAUAUUAUAUAUUCCUUAUCAUAAAAAAUCUAAUCAAUUUUUCGGAACAUUGAUGCAUCAUUCAUUUAGAGUGUCUGUAGACUUUUGUUUUUGUUUUUGUUUUUCAGAUUAACUUAGUUGAUAUAUGAUUUUUUUAAAAUGUUUUUUUAAUAUUUCGAUAUUGUUUAAUUUGUCAUAGUCCUCCUACUAGGUAUUCAGAUAUUCUUUUUUGUUUGUUGCGUAGAGACUAAUAUCAACCGAUUAUUAUCAAAGAUCAGUAAUAAUGAGAAGAUGAGGGUUGUGUUGUACUUUUAAACUCUACAUCAUUUUAAUGAACAAAACUUAAAUAAAAAUCUCCCGAGCGGGAUCGUGAAUGCGCACUGCUAAGGAGUCCCACAAUAGGACAAAACGGCCAUCCAGUGCUUCCAAGUUUCCAAUGGUGGUCUAACAUCAAUCGGUUCAUCAUCUCAAUCAAAAACUUAACAAUCUACACAACCACUAUACUGAUACUUAAAUAAGAAAUUGAACCUAAGAUCUUUAAUUUUUACAAUGAACAAGAUCUAUUUAGGUUAUUGAAUUUAUAACAAUUAAAUGUGAUAUGCUUUAGGUAAUUAAUGAUACGAUGCAACAACCAUUCAUUCCUAUUGAUGAUAACUUCCAAACUCUAUACAUCAUUGAGUUAUAUCAGUUGUAUUUUCUCUAAAACAUCUGAUAUCAUUUCAACAUAAAUCAAUAAUGAACCAUUAGAUGUGGUAAGCCUAUCUUCAAAUAAAAGCUCCCUAUUUGUUCAUACUUUAUCACAUACAUAGUGAAGUUUUAAAAUAACAUUAUUCGAAGUAAUCUGUUCUCUAUUAUUAGUUCAACAACGUAAUAAUAUAAGUUUUAUCUUAAAUAACAAUAUCCAAAAGGAACGACAUACUGUGGUUUGUACUACUAAUGUCAACAUGUAUGAGUGGUAUGUAUCAUCAAUCAGAAGGUAAAUAUCUGGAGACAGAAGGUUAACAAAAUUGGAGAAAGGUGACUGAGAAUAGAACGAAGGAAAAAUGAGAUCUGAGACGAUUGAUUGACAUUUUGCAAAUGAAGUAUUUACUGUAUUACUUACUUAUUUACGCCUGUUACUCCUCGUCGAGGAGUAUAGUCCGCUCACCAGCACACUCCAUCCAACCCUGACCUAGGCAAUCCUUUCCAGUUGUUAUUCAUCCUUUUCAUAUCUGAUACUAUUUCCCGAUGUAUUGUGUUCUUUGGCUUUCCUGUUUUUCGCAUCCCUUCAUUCCAUGUUAGUGCUUGACUCGUGAUGCAGUUUCAUGAUUUCCGUGAUGUAUGUUCUAUCCAUUUCCAUCGUCUAUUCCAAAUUUCCUCUUGAGUUGGAAUCUGGUUUGUUCUCUCCUACAAAAGGCUGUUGCUGAUGGUAUCCGGCCAAUGGAUGUUGAGUAUCUUACGUAGACAACUAUUUGUGAAUACUUGUAUCUUCUUGAUGAUGGUUGUUGUAGUUCUCCAAGUUUCAGCUGCGUACAUUAGAACUGACUGUGUUGACGUUCGUAUUGAAGAUUGUGACUUUGAUAUUGGUUGACAGACAGUUCUUUUAUGUUCUAUAUGUUCCUCACAUUUAAUGUACGGUACUCAGAUUUUACUAAGACAUUCUAUAAUUUUGUAUUCAAAUACAUUUGCUUGUUCC